AUGUCGACCACGGCGCGGGUUGCGUCGCGUCACCUCGGCCGUAUGGCCCGGGUGCCUCACGCUCGCACCGUUCCUAUGAGUGCUCGCGCACUCACUGCACAGCCUUGGGUCUGUAGAUCAUGCGCACGAGGUGCCGUCUACACCUCCUCCAGGACCUUGGCAAGCUCGUCGAGGCACCUGAACUCCCUCAAGGACCCCUAUCCCGCCCUGGAUACCUUCCCUCGCCGCCACAUUGGUCCUGAUGACCAGAGCACGGAGGAGAUGCUCGCCGCCCUGGCUCCUGCUGUCAAGAGCCUCGACGAGCUCGUGUCACAGGUCAUCCCGCCCAAUGUCAAGUCUGACAGGAAGCUGUUCCCCAAGCCCCGGACAUCCGAGACGGACCCCAUAGAGCGGGCUAUCACUGAGGCUCUCCCCGAGAAGGAGGUCCUCAAGCAGGGCGAGCAUGCUGCCAGCCUCAACAAGGUCCUCAAAAAUUUCAUCGGCGCCGGCUACUAUGAGGCUGUUACUCCCGAUGUUAUUGAGCGCAACGUGCUCAAGAACCCCGCCUUCUACACCAGCUACACACCCUACCAGCCCGAAAUCAGCCAGGGUCGUCUGGAAUGCCUGCUCAAUUUCCAGACCAUCGUCUCGGACCUGACUGGCCUGCCCGUCGCCAAUGCCAGCCUUCUCGACGAGGGAACUGCCGCCGCCGAGGCCAUGACCCUGUCCAUGAACAUGCUCUCGUCCUCCCGCGCCAAGAGGAAGGGCAAGACCUUUGUCGUGUCCCACUUGCUCCAUCCCCAGACCAUCUCAGUCCUGCACGGCCGUGCUAGCGGUUUUGGCAUCAAUGUGCAGAAGAUGGACGUCACCGCCAGCGAUUUCAAGGACCAUGUCGAGAAGCUAGGAGACGACCUGGUUGGAGUCAUGGUCCAGUACCCAAACACCGAGGGCGGCGUUGAGAACUUCCGCGAUCUGGCCAAGAUUGUACAUGACAAGGGCGCUCUCCUGAGCUGUGCUACCGACCUCAUGGCCUUGACUGUUCUCACUCCUCCUGGCGAAUGGGGCGCGGAUAUCGCCUUCGGCAACGCACAGCGAUUUGGUGUGCCGCUUGGUUAUGGUGGCCCUCACGCUGCUUUCUUCGCUGUCGGUGACAAGUACAAGCGCAAGAUGCCUGGUCGUCUGAUCGGUAUGUCCAAGGACCGCCUCGGCAACCGCGCGCUCAGGCUGGCUCUCCAGACUCGCGAGCAGCACAUCAGGAGAGAGAAGGCUACCAGCAACGUCUGCACUGCCCAGGCAUUGCUCGCCAACAUCAAUGCUCUGUAUGCUAUCUACCAUGGCCCUGAGGGUCUGAAGGCCAUCGCCGAGAAGAUCAUUCGCGGAGCUCGGGCUAUCCAGACGGCGGCUGAGGAGCUCGGAUACGAGACGAGGACGGAGUCAGCGGCUCAGGACGGCAGGGUUGUCUUUGACACAGUGGUCAUCAAGGCACCUGGCCAGGCUCAGGCCCUUCAGGCUGCUGCUGUUGAGAACGGGUGCAACCUGCGCGUCUUUGACCAGGAUCGCAUUGGUAUCAGCAUUGACGAGGCCACGACGGCUGAGCAUCUGCGGGCUCUGAUCCGAAUUCUUGCUAGUGGAAAAUCCGGCUCGAGCGUUGUUGGUAAUGAGGCUGCGAAGCUCGAGGAGCUGUUGAGCAAGGUCGAAGGCCCUGUUGAAAUUCCCGAGGGCUUCCGCCGCACCUCGAGCUACCUCACCCACCCCGUCUUCAACACGCACCACUCCGAGACCGAGAUCCUUCGGUAUAUCCACCACCUGCAGUCCAAGGACCUGUCGCUUGUCCACUCCAUGAUUCCUCUCGGCUCGUGCACCAUGAAGCUGAACGGCACUGUGGAGAUGUCCCUCAUCACCCUCCCCGGCUUCUCCAAGCUGCAUCCCUUUGCUCCCGCCGAGCAGACCGAGGGCUACCAGAAGCUUCUGGCUUCGCUGUCUGAUCAGCUUGCUGAUAUCACUGGAAUGGACGCCGUCUCGCUGCAGCCCAACUCUGGUGCCCAGGGUGAGUUCGCUGGCCUGAGGACCAUCCGCAGGUACCUCGAGUCCAAGGGUGAGACCAACCGCGACAUCUGCCUCAUUCCCGUCUCUGCCCACGGCACCAACCCCGCGUCAGCAGCCAUGGCUGGCAUGAGGGUUGUGCCCAUCAAGUGUGACACCAAGACGGGCAACCUCGACCUCCAGGACCUCGAGGCCAAGUGCGAGCAGCACGCGGCCCAGAUCGGCGCCAUGAUGAUCACCUACCCCAGCACGUUUGGCGUCUUCGAGCCCGAGAUCAAGAAGGUCUGCGAGAUCGUCCACAAGUACGGCGGCCAGGUCUACCUGGACGGCGCCAACCUGAACGCCCAGAUCGGCUUGUGCUCGCCCGGCGAGGUCGGCGCCGACGUCUGCCACCUGAACCUGCACAAGACCUUCUGCAUCCCCCACGGCGGCGGCGGGCCCGGCGCCGGCCCCAUCUGCGUCAAGCAGCACCUGGCCGAGCACCUCCCGCCCACGGAGGUGCAGCCCGGCGAGGCCAACCCGCCCAUCAGCAGCGCGCCGUACGGCAGCGCGAGCAUCCUGCCCAUCAGCUGGGCGUACAACCUCCUCAUGGGCUCGGACGGCCUCAAGAAGGCCAGCCAGAUCACGCUGCUCAACGCCAACUACCUGCUCAGCCGGCUGCGGCCGCACUACGACAUCGUCUACACCAACGAGCACGGCCGCUGCGCGCACGAGUUCAUCCUCGACGUGCGGCCCUUCCGCGAGACGGCGGGCGUCGAGGCCAUCGACAUCGCCAAGCGCCUGCAGGACUACGGCUUCCACGCGCCGACCAUGAGCUGGCCCGUCGCCAACACGCUCAUGAUCGAGCCGACCGAGUCCGAGAGCAAGGAGGAGCUCGACCGCUUCGUCGACGCCCUCGUGGUCAUCCGCCAGGAGAUCCGCGAGGUCGAGGAGGGCAAGGUGCCCCGGACGGCCAACGUGCUCAAGAACGCGCCGCACCCGGUCGACGACAUCGUGCUCGGCGACGAGGGCGGCAAGUGGGAGCGCUGCUACUCGCGCGAGAAGGCGGCCUUCCCGCUCCCCUGGCUGCGGGAGAAGAAGUUUUGGCCGUCGGUCGGGAGGGUUGACGACAGUAAGUUUGCUCUAUGGGGAUUUUUUUUUGGAGUGAUCUUUGUGCAGUAUUGA